UAAAAUAUGAGAGAGAGAGAAAUGUUCCCUCUCUCUCUCUCUCCCCCUUGGGCUUCAAAUUAUUAUUAUUAAAAAAAAUUUCUCAUUGCUAAUUCCACACCAUCAUAACCUCCUCCCACAGUGGUUAUCAUUGUAGUCCAUUUCAUCUUUCUAUUUUCUUAUUUGAGUUCUCUCUAGCUUGGUUUGCCACCAUUCGGUGUGCAGUGGCUUGCUGCACAAAGAAUACUCUACCCAGAAAUUGAACACCUGUUUUGAAGGAGAGAUGAAAAUAGCUUUCUUUGUUUUGGGCUUUUCUUUAGUUUAUAUUGCAACCCUUUUCGGUGCUUUCUCUCUUGCUCUCACUGAAGACGGUCUGACAUUGUUAGAAAUCAAGAACGCAUUGAAUGACAGCAGAAAUAUACUAGGUAACUGGCGAGCUACUGAUGAAUCUCCUUGCAAGUGGACUGGUAUUUCUUGCCAUCCCCAUGAUCAAAGAGUCAGUUCAAUAAACCUUCCUUAUUUGCAAUUGGGAGGGAUUAUAUCUCCUAGUAUCGGGAAACUCAGUAGACUACACAGGCUGGCACUUCACCAAAACAGUUUACAUGGGAUCAUUCCUAAUGAAAUCACCAAUUGUACUGAGCUUAAAGCAAUGUACUUGAGGGCUAAUUAUCUCCAAGGAGGCAUACCAUCAGAUAUUGGCAACCUCUCUCAUCUCACUAUACUGGACUUGUCAAGCAAUAUGCUAAAAGGUGCCAUACCUUCAUCUAUUGGCCGUCUUACAGGUUUGCGCCACCUGAACUUGUCCACCAACUUUUUCUCUGGUGAAAUCCCGGAUUUUGGAGCUCUAAGUACUUUUGGGAACAGCUCGUUUAUUGGCAAUUUAGAUCUUUGUGGUAGACAAGUGCACAAGCCAUGUCGAACCUCAAUGGGAUUUCCUGUGGUGCUUCCACAUGCUGCAAGUGAUGAAGCAGAAGUUCCUACAAAACGACCCUCUCAUUACAUAAAAGGGGUUCUUAUUGGAGUAAUGGCCACAAUGGCCCUAACAGUAGCUGUGCUUCUUGCGUUCCUCUGGAUUUGGUUGUUAUCAAAGAAGGAAAGAGCCGCUAAGAAAUACACAGAAGUGAAAAAGCAAGUUGACCAAGAAGCAAGUGCAAAGCUUAUUACUUUCCAUGGUGACCUGCCUUAUGCUUCAUCUGAGAUCAUAGAAAAGCUGGAGUCUCUUGAUCAGGAGGAUGUUGUAGGGUCGGGAGGAUUUGGUACUGUAUACCGGAUGGUGAUGAAUGAUUGUGGAACAUUUGCUGUAAAAAGGAUUGACAGGAGUCGGGAAGGAUCAGAUCAAGUAUUUGAGAGGGAGUUAGAAAUCUUGGGUAGCAUCAAGCACAUAAAUUUAGUGAACCUGAGAGGUUACUGCAGGCUUCCAAUGUCAAAGCUUCUUAUCUAUGAUUAUCUUGCCAUGGGCAGUUUAGAUGACAUUUUGCAUGAACAUGGCCAAGAACAACCGUUGAAGUGGAGUGCUCGUUUAAGAAUUGCCUUAGGUUCUGCAAGAGGCAUUGCAUACUUGCACCAUGACUGCAGCCCAAAGAUAGUCCACCGUGACAUAAAAUCCAGCAAUAUUCUCCUUGAUGAAAAUUUGGAGCCACAUGUCUCUGACUUUGGUCUUGCCAAACUUUUGGUAGAUGAGGAUGCCCAUGUCACAACUGUAGUUGCUGGCACUUUUGGUUAUUUGGCACCAGAGUAUCUCCAAAGUGGGAGGGCCACUGAAAAAUCAGACGUCUAUAGCUUUGGAGUUCUCUUGCUAGAGAUUGUAACUGGUAAAAGGCCUACAGAUCCAGCUUUUGUAAAGAGAGGCUUAAAUGUUGUUGGUUGGAUGAACACAUUAUUAAGAGAAAAUAGGUUAGAAGAUGUGGUAGAUAAAAGGUGCACUGAUGCAGAUAUGGAAACUGUGGAAGCCAUUCUCGAAAUAGCAACAAGAUGCACGGAUGCAAACCCCGAUGACCGGCCGACGAUGAACCAGGUAUGGCAGUUGCUAGAGCAAGAGGUGAUGUCUCCUUGCCCAAGUGAUUUCUAUGAGUCUCAUUCAGAUUAUUCUUGAAUGACAUGAAAGCAUUCAGUGUGUGUAACUGCUACUUAAUAUGUAUACAGCCAGCUAGAUGUAUUAAUUAUUAACAUUCUCAACUAAGUUUUAUGAUAUUUGAGGCCUGUAAAUCCUUUUUGUGUUGCUCUUGCA